CUGCUCAUAUAUAUGGGGAAUGGCCAGAGCAUCUUUCAUAGUUCCCUCACUUUCAAAGCCAGCUGAAGGCAAGAGAGAGCACUGAGAGAGCUCCUUCAGUGUCUUUGCACUGUCUGCACCUGUUUGUCAGAAGGCUGCAAGAUGAUGGCAGGAAUGAACAUCCAGCUGGUAUGCCUGAUGCUUCUGGCUUUCAGCUCCUGGAGCCUGUGCUCAGACUCAGAAGAGGACAUGAGAGCAUUAGAGGCAGACUUAUUGACAAACAUGCACGCAUCAAAGAUCAGUAAAGCAAGUCCUUCCUCUUGGAAAAUGACCUUGCUAAAUGUGUGCAGCCUUAUAAAUAACCUGAACAGCCCAGCAGAGGAAGCAGGAGAAAUGCAUGAAGAUGAUCUCGUUGGAAAAAGGAAACUUCCUCUUGUUCUAGAUGGAUUUAGCUUGGAAGCAAUGCUAACCAUAUUCCAGCUCCAGAAAAUUUGCCACAGCAGGGCCUUUCAACACUGGGAGAUAAUCCAGGAGGAUAUUCUUGAUAAUGGCAAUGGAAAAGAUGAGAAGGAGGAAGUGAUAAAGAGAAAAAUCCCUUACAUUCUGAAAAGGCAGCUGUAUGAGAAUAAACCUAGAAGGCCCUACAUACUCAAGAGAGGAGCCUACUACUACUGAGACGCUGGUUCUUGACCCAUGAUCACCUUUUAUCUAGAUAUAUAAUCAUAUGCUUAUCUAGAUACAUAAUUAUAUGUAUGUGUAAAUGUGACAGAACUUGAUUACUUCAUCUCUUCCACAAUUGUGCUUUAUUGGAUGUUAUUUUUCUGCAUUCAUGUAAAUUGAACUAAAUGUUUUCAAAUAAAUGUAGAUCUUGAGCAUGAUCCUGUGUUCUGUAAAACUGGAACAGAUGAUAAUCAUAUCAUAUAGAAUGUUCUGUAAUUUUGCAAAAUAUAUUAUGGGAUGUCUGAACAGUCAUCACAUUUGGCACUUUAUAUGAAACUAUAAGAGAUUAUAACAAAGUUGAGCACACAUCAUUAACUCAAGGCUGAACAAUGGCACCAUUUUGGUCAUUUGAUUGCAUUAUUUUUAAUUGAAAGAAAUAUACAUUACUUUCUGAAAACCACCGGCUCAUCUCUCAGUAAAACAGAAAGAUACCAUCCUAUAAAGGCCCAUCUGAAAGAACUGUUAAUUAAACAUUGUCAUUUAUGCUUAUCUCAGUGUAUCUUUAAGUGAAUAAAUAGUUUGCCUGUCAAAUGAAUUUGAAAGCUAAUAAAAUUCAACAAGU